AACUCAUUUAUUUCCCCCUGACGUGAAGAGUGAAGAGCAAUAUGGCGGCCUCCAUCAUGUCUUGUUCACCGGCGACGACAGAGUCUCUCAUUAUUCAACUGCAUUCUAUUGAUGCAGUUAAAUUUGGAGAUUUUACCCUUAAAAGUGGUAUCCAAUCCCCUGUGUAUUUUGACCUCAGGGUCAUGAUCUCUCAUCCGAAAGUAAUGGUGGAUGUGGCAAAUCUGCUAUGGGGGAAAAUUUCUUCGUGCAAUUUCAAAAGUUUAUGCGGUGUUCCAUACACAGCUCUACCCAUUGCCACGCUGAUGUCGGCCUCUCAUGAUGUGCCCAUGUUGAUCCGACGGAAAGAAGCGAAGGGAUAUGGGACGAAAAAAUUGAUUGAGGGCACAUUUUCCGAAGGGGAUGUUUGCAUGAUUGUUGAAGAUGUUGUCUCUAGCGGCUCCAGUGUCUUAGAAACUGCAGAGAGCUUGCAGGCAGCUGGAAUCCGCGUCACUGAUGCUGUUGUUUUGCUCAACAGGGAGCAAGGGGGACCCGAAAAGCUGGCAGCCAAUAAUAUCAAAUUACACAGUAUUUUCACGAUGAAUGACGUUCUUUCUGUGCUGAGUUCUGCUGGAAAGAUGUCUCCGGAGAUGGUCGAUCGAGUCACAAAGUACAUCGCAGAGAACAAGUUCAAGCCUGACCAGCAAGUCCCUUCUGCUGUCAAGCCAAAGGUCCUGACCUAUGCAGAGCGGGCAUCACAGUGCACCCAUUCUGUGAGCAGACGCUUGUUGAAAAUCAUGGAACAGAAAAAGACGAACCUUGUGCUGUCAGCAGACGUCACCAAAAGUAAAGAGCUGCUUGAUUUGGUGGACAAAACAGGUCCUCAUAUCUGCAUGGUGAAAACUCACGCUGAUACCCUGGAUGAUUUCUGCGAUGACUUUGUUGAAAAGCUGAAGCAGCUCUCUAAUAAACACAAUUUUCUCAUUUUUGAGGACAGAAAGUUUGCGGACAUUGGCAACACCGUGGUGCAUCAGUUCAGUGGCGGCGUCCACCGGAUCAGUGACUGGGCAGAUGUCAUCAACGCACACACUGUCCCCGGUGCAGGCGUAGUGCAGGGCUUGCAGAAAGUGGCUCAAGGGAAGGAUAUCGGCUGUUUGCUUAUUGCCGAGAUGAGUUCAGCUGGGAAUUUGGCCACUGGAGACUAUACUCAAGUGACUGUGAAAAUAGCUGAAGAAAAUCCAGAUUUCGUCAUUGGCUUCAUCUGUUUGUCGAAGCUGUCAUCUAACCCGGCGCUGCUGCACAUGACUCCAGGUGUGCAGCUGAAAGAAGGUCAAGAUGCUCUCGGACAGAGGUACUUAACGCCACAGGAAGUCAUCUCCAACCGCGGCUCGGAUAUCAUCAUCGUCGGGCGUGGCAUCUACGGAGCCAGUGAUCCUACGGAGGCUGCCAGGCAGUUUCAGAUAGCAGGAUACGACGCGUAUCUUGCCCGUUUAUCCUGAGUUGUGUUUUCUGCACAUGGUUUGAAAGAAAAUUGGGGGGGGGGGGGGGGUGGAGAGUUUGCAGGCACAGACCUGCAAAGUACUCAGAUAAAACUGGAGCCCUCAGAUUUUUGAUUUUGUUUGUUGAAGAAUCCUGAUGCAAUGUGCAUAAAAUGUGAUUCUUGCUUGAAUUCCGUUACGCAAAUUAUCGUAAAUGAUGUGGAAAUACACUGGUUUAUUUGCAAUAUUUGUGUGAGAUCGUAAAAGACAUGAAAAUACACAUUUUCAUUUGUUUUUUAACAUUUAUUUACAAUACACUUUUAUUUGUUACUUUCAAUUUGUAACAUUAUCUUAAUCUACUGAGUUUCUGGGGAUUCCCAAGUAUUUUCCCCCCACACUCUGAUUUUUAGGAAGGAUUCUGAGAGGGUGGUUGGCGGGUGCUCUGGUGUGGCUUGCUCCAUCUUUCCUAUCAAACAUCUGUCGU